GCGCUACCCUGUCCACGUGAUAAGCGCCAGGGAGCCGGCGGCAUCUCAAUUUUUGGAACCGGUUUUAUAUUCACUUUAAUUCAACCUCGACAAACACGCCGCAACGACUCCUCAGCGCAACGCCCAUUCACCCGCCUCCUCACCCCCUCCUUCUCCGCCUCCUCCUCCUCCACAUGCGCACCUGUUUUGCGCCCCCCGCUUCUUGUCGCCUUACGUCCUCGACCCUGCUCCGCCAUGCUGUCGGUCCGUCGGAACGUUGCCUUCGAUUCUACAGCACCCCCACCACCGCCACGCGAAAUGUCACCACCCACACGCACUUCCGGCCACGACCGGUAGUCUUGGGGGAAUGGCGUAGAUAUGCGAGUGGGCCGGGAUUCAUGGAGAUACUGUUCAAGAAGACGAGGAAAGAUGCGCCGCGGAGGGACGAAACGACGUCAUCGAGGUAUCUGGAUGCCACGCCGGAGGAUGCGAUUCUCGGCAGAAGUCUGAGGCAGAAGAGCAACGAUGAUUAUCUUAGGUGCACGGAGUUCGACCGUGAAGGUAAUGUUACGGUUGUUUCGGGAGAGUUCAAGAAAACCGAAUUGUGCACAAAGCAUGGUCUACUACCGCGAGACCUCCGAAAGAUCUGGGUGCCCAGUACCAUAGUCCCACACAUCCUCGUUCGCAAGAACUCGAUCCUCGUAAACCUCCUCCAUAUCCGCGCCCUCAUAAAAGCAGAUACUGUUCUCCUCUUCGACAUCUACGGCUCCAACGAUUCUUAUACCCAGUCUGUUUUCAUGUACGACCUUGAGGGCAAGCUGCGGCAAGGCUCAAAGGCGAUGGGCGGACUGCCGUACGAGAUGCGCGCGCUCGAAGCGAUCCUAAUCUCUGUUACGGCGGCGCUAGAGGCGGAGAUGCGUGUGCUGCAAGAACUCGUCGUACAGUUGCUCGGGGAACUCGAGGAGGAUAUCGAUCGGGAUCAGUUGAGACAGCUCUUGAUCUACUCCAAGAAGCUGUCGACGUUCGAGCAGAAGGCGAAGCUGAUCCGCAAUGCGAUUGAGGAGAUUCUGGAUGCCGACGAUGAUCUGGCGGAUAUGUACUUGACCGAGAAGCUUCAAGGAAAAGAGCGGCCGAUGGAGGAGCAUACGGAGGUGGAGAUGCUGCUGGAAUCUUACCACAAGAUCUGUGACGAGAUUGUGCAGAUUUCGAGCAAUCUGGUGUCUAGCAUACGCAGUACCGAAGAAAUUGUCAACAUCAUUCUCGACGCGAACCGCAACUCGCUGAUGCUGCUCGACCUCAAAUUCUCCAUCGGCACGCUCGGUAUCGGUGCCGGCACAUUUGUCGCCGGUCUGUACGGCAUGAAUCUGAAAAACUUCCUGGAAGAAUCCGAUUUUGCCUUCGCCGGAGUGUCCGGUUGGGCCAUUGUCUUCUCGGCCAUCAUCUGCGUGUAUGGAUUGCACAAGCUCCGACGAACACAGCGCCUAUCCAUGUGGGGCGAGAACGGCGCAAGUGGGAAGAAAGGCUGGCUCUCCGCCGUCAAGCCGACGAAAGGAAGCCCUAAGCUUGCGGCUGGAGUUGUUCCCCCGGUCAAUGUCAAUACGGUCAUGACAGGACACGACUGGCCGCCGUUGCAGACUGCGCCUCCGAGUAAAAGGCGUACCGAUUGAUGAGGCGCUUCAUUGUGUGUGUGUAUUCUUUAGGCUAAGAUUAGUUGAUUCCCCCUCCGAUUCUCUUCUCCCUAUCUUUCUACAAGUUGGUGCGAUGGUUCUGUUUUUACUCUGUAUUCUCUCUCAGCUCUCCCUAUUCUCUUCCCUGUCCUUCUUAUGGCUGGCGUAACGGGGUGCAACAACAUAUGAUAGACGUUCUGUAAAGUGUAAACAUAGCUUAAAUACAGAGAGAUGGACACCGGCGACGGCAUGCGGUGGUGUGUACAUCUGA